CCUCCAUCACCACAAGCUCUCCCCCACCCACCCAAACUCACAUAGUAUUUACAAAUAUAUAUGUAUGUAUAUAGCCCAUCUGUUUUUAUGCCUUGAUUAUCUCAUUUAUCCGUUCCAUUCUAUCAUAUCAAUACAUUCGCAUUGCUGUAGUUGCCUAGAGUCUAGUCUGCAAUUUCGAGACACAAUUUGGAUUUUAGGGUUUAUUAUUUUUUGGUCGAUUGGGAUCUUGUAUCGCAUUUGAUAGAUUUUUAUUUUUGUUUCUUAGGAUUGGAUUGGAUUGGAUUGGAUUGGAUUAAUUUGAUCCAAGAUCAAAUUCUUUUUUAUUAGUUUGAGGCUGCCUGAGAUAAGGGAAUACGAUUUCCGGUGAUGUAUUGAUAGAAGCCGUGAUUUUGACUGGUGGUUAAUGGGUAUUCAUGAAAAUUAGGGUUUUUGCAGAACAUGCUCUCUCUGCGACUGAUUCGCAGGUUAGGCGCCGCACACUGUAAUCUCGCCACCGCAGCUGUUUCUUCAUCCGUUGAAAAAAUUAGUUCUGCUAGUAGUAGAGCUGGAAAACCUAGUUCAGUAGAUGAGCCUGCAUUGGUUAAGCUAAAGAAGGAAAGGGACCCUGAGAAAUUGUUCAAUUUGUUUAAAGCUAAUGCCACAAAUAAGAUUGUUGUUGAGAACCGAUUUGUGUUUGAGGACACAGUCUCUAGGUUAGCUGGGGCGGGCCGGCUUGAUUAUAUUGAGAUUUUGCUUGAGCAUCAGAAGACUCUGCCACAGGGUCGUCGGGAAGGGUUCAUUAUACGAAUUAUAAUGUUGUAUGGUAGGGCGAGAAUGACUAAGCAUGCUGUCAAUACGUUUUGUGAUAUGCAUUUGUAUGGUUGUGCGAGGUCUGUUAAGUCGUUCAAUGCUGCUUUGAAGGUAUUGACUGACUCUCGGGAUUUGCAGGCGAUUGAUUGGUUUCUAAAUGAUGUUCCUGGUAGGUUUGGGAUUGUGCUAGAUACAUAUUCUUUUAAUAUUGUUAUAAAGGGUUUCUGUGAAAUGGGUAUACUUGAUAAGGCAUUUCUUGUCAUGGCUGGGAUGGGAAUAUGGGGACUAGAACCUGAUGUUUUUACUUACACCUCGCUUAUAGAGGCCUGUUACAAGUCAAACUGUCCAGAGAUUGCGAACGGAUUGUGGAGCCGGAUGGUUUUAAAAGGGUGUCAUCCAAAUAUUGCCACCUUCAAUGUGAGGAUUCAGUUUUUGGUGAAUAAGGGGCGUACAUGGGAUGCUAAUAAGUUGUUGGAUUUCAUGCGGAGAUUGAAGAGAUCUCCCGAGUUUCCUGAUGAGAUCACAUAUAAUUUGGUGAUCAAAGGUUUCUGCAAAAUGGGAAAUCUAAAAAUGGCUAUGUAUGUGUAUUCUGCUUUUAGGAGUGAGGGCUACAAGCCAAAUCAAAAAAUUUACCAAACCUUGAUUCAUUAUUUCUGUGAAGCAAGAGAAUUUGACAUGGCAUACAACAUGAGUAAACAAAGUAUGGAGAGCAACUGGUAUCCUAGUGUGGGUACCAUCUACAAUCUGAUCGAGGGCCUGGUCAGAGAUGGAAAACUUGAUAAGGCAAAACAUAUCUGUAGUCUUGCUUUGAAAAGGAAACCUCCUUUUAACACGGCUCAAAUUGAAUUUAUGAAAUCCAUACUGUCAAGAAAAUGACCUAUUUUAUUGGAUGGGUCAAUCUUCUCAUAGGGAGGAAAUUGGAUUGAUUAGUUAUGAAGCAAGGUCGAUUGGAGCCUUGCCUUUGAGAUACCACCUCCGAUGACUGCAUGAAAUUUCUUCAGUCUGAUUCUGGUUCUGCCCAAAUUAGUUAUUAUAUUUGAGGUGAUUGCCAGAUGCAUCAGAUGACUCAUGUUUGAUAAUGCUGGAGCUCUAUCAAUUGGUAAAUUGAAGGGCUACACUAAUUUUUUUGAUCCAGCUGUUUGCUGCAUGUUAGUUUAGAAGAAUACAUAGGAACAUAUUAUGGUGGAUUGCCAGAGUGAGCUUGAGGGAGUUAUGAAACAGGGUGGUUAGUUGUUUUGUAUAUGCAUUAAAUCUCUAAGAUAUACCGAUUACCGACCGCACUAGUCUUACGAGCUAGGUUGUAGUAGUGCCUCCGCUUGCUCUGAGCAACUCCCUCCUGCUGAUGUUCCAUAUUGAAUUCUAACCCACACUUGGCAGAUUUAGCCUUGACAAAUUCUUUUGUAACAUGAUUGAGCUCUUGUUUAAUAAACCUCUCAUUUAGCUUGUUAAAGUUGCUCAUUCCUUCAUUUGUUUUGUGUUAGUAUUUGUAACAUUGUUUUGUAAUUUGAUUGUGGAGAGUAAUUGUGAGGCACAAACGUGGAGUAUUUGAUUGAGUCACCUCGAACACCGAAUGCAAGCUUUUUAUGUGUAGUUGUGAGGCAAUGCAAUUCUAUUUAUACAUUAACAAGAACUUGUAGAAGAAAGAAAGAACUACUUUGAUGUUUUUGUCAUUUUUGUAAGCAACACGUUCAUGUAUGUGAUCAUGGAGUUUGAUUCUGGUUAGCUAGAAUAAAGUAGUGUUAGUCAUGAAGAUGUGGACUGUUUUUGCUUGUUCUAUAAACAGGAAAAGCCUGCCCAGAUGGAUAUUUAUGAACCACCAGUUUGAUUUAAGCUUGUUUCCUGUCAGUUUCGAAAUUUCCUUGUAUACUUGUAUCUAGAUGCUGAUUAGAGAUGAUGUCAAAUACGAAAUUUCAAAUU